AUGUCCAAAGUCACGCUCGCACUCGUUGCCGCAGGCGGCGCCGCGUUCGGAGCAGCAACCACGGCCGCUCUGUUUCCUCGCAAGACGGCGAGUCCGGUCAGCGUCAACACUCCCGCCGCUCCCUUUCCUACUCCCGUCAAUCCGCCAUUGGCUGUUGGCAGACCUGCUGGUGUUCAGGAAGCUCUUGCUGCUGCAGCUAGACCUGUCGACCCCAAUGGACUUUACCAGUAUGGCUUUCCUGGCCCCGUGUCCGACCUGAGAGCUGCUGCGUCCUUGACCUCUGCAUACGAUCGCAGAACAAGAAACCCUGCUUGGGUCGUCGAGCACAUCACACCCGAAUCGCUCAAGAACAGCAACGCAGACCGCAAGCACUCUGUCUUUGUCGAGGACGAGGGCAUCCCAGAAAAGUUCCGCGCUAAGCUCAAGGACUACUUCCGCAGUGGCUAUGACAGAGGUCACCAGGUGCCCGCCGCCGAUGCCAAGUGGUCGCAGCAAGCCAUGGAUGAUACCUUUGCAUUGAGCAAUAUGUGCCCUCAAGUCGGCGAGGGCUUCAACAGAGAUUACUGGGCUCACUUUGAGGACUUUUGCCGUCGUCUCACUGGAAGGUACCCUUCGGUCCGCAUCGUGACAGGGCCUUUGUACCUCCCCAAGAAAGAGGCAGAUGGCAAGUGGAGGGUCAGCUACGAGGUCAUUGGUAACCCUCCCAACGUUGCUGUGCCCACGCAUUUCUACAAGGUCAUCUUUGCCGAAGAUGGCAAGAUUGGCGGAAACGUCAGUCUGGGUGCUUUUGUAUUGCCCAAUGCUAAGAUUGCAAACGACAAGCCCCUCCAAGACUUUGAAGUGCCCCUCGAGGCUGUUGAGAGGUAUCUAAUAUGCUUUGACAGUGAGCAGACUGGAACUGAGCUGACAAGAACUGCANGAGCAUCGGGACUCGAGUUUGCAUCGCUCCUUCCUCCGGCGCAAAGAAAGUCGCUGUGCAAGGAGAUCAAGUGCUCCAUCAUCGUCAAGGAUUACUCGCAAAGGCAAAAGACAUUGGCCAACUCUCCGCCACCUCCCAAGGCGAAUCUUUAA